CAAUCAUGAAGUUUUGGGUUUCACUGUGAAGAACAAGACCCCUGCUUUAUAUAUAAAUAUGGAGAGAGAAGAUUGUGAUGCAGCAGAGAGAGAAAACCCAGCCGGGUGUUGCUGAAAUCUAGUGGAUGAGCUCUGGAAUUCAUGGAUUUGCAGAGGGUUUGGAGCUUUGUUAUUCUAUCAGCUGUGAUUUUAUUGGUCUAUAGUGCUUGUUCUGUUACAGCUGGGGAUAUUGUGCACGAUGACGAAAAUGCUCCCAAGAAGCCUGGUUGUGAGAACAACUUCGUUUUGGUAAAAGUGCAAACUUGGGUUAAUGGUGUAGAGGCUAGUGAAUUUGUUGGUGUUGGUGCUAGAUUUGGCAGGACCAUUGUGUCAAAAGAGAAGAAUGCAAAUCAAACUCGCCUUACUCUCGCAGACCCCCGCGAUUGUUGUAGUGCACCUAAGAAUAAGCUUGCUGGAGAUGUCAUCAUGGUGGAUCGAGGUAAAUGCAGAUUCACAGCUAAGGCGAAUCAUGCAGAAGCUGCUGGUGCUUCAGCUGUCCUCAUUAUAAACAAUCAGAAAGAACUUUACAAGAUGGUCUGUGAGCCAGAUGAAACUGAUCUAAAUAUACACAUACCGGCUGUUAUGCUACCACGGGAUGCUGGCUUGAGCUUAGAAAGAAUGCUGCUUAACAGUUCGUCAGUGUUCGUGCAGCUGUACUCUCCACUGCGCCCAGUAGUCGAUAUUGCUGAAGUAUUUCUAUGGUUGAUGGCUGUUGGUACCAUCUUAUGUGCAUCUUAUUGGUCUGCAUGGAGUGCCAGAGAAGAAGCUAUUGAACAUGACAAGCUAUUAAAGGACGCUGUUGAUGAAAUUCCAAGCGAGAAAGUCAUGGGCUUAGGUGGUGUAGUAGACAUCAGCACAACGUCAGCCGUUCUGUUUGUUUUAAUUGCAUCGUGCUUUUUAGUUAUUCUCUACAAGCUAAUGUCGGCCUUGCUCAUUGACCUUUUGGUUGUCCUAUUUUGCAUUGGGGGUGCAGAGGGUUUGCAAACUUGCUUGGUUGCUUUGUUAUCUAGGUGGUUCAGACGCACUGCAGAAUCGUACAUUAAAGUACCUAUCCUUGGAGCUGUUUCAUACCUGACUUUGGCUGUUUCUCCAUUCUGCAUAGUAUUUUCUGUCCUUUGGGGAGUUUAUCGCAAUGUCUCCUUUGCUUGGAUAGGUCAAGAUAUCCUUGGAAUUGCACUGAUUAUCACAGUUCUUCAAAUUGUCCAUAUACCUAAUCUCAAGGUCGGUACAGUUCUUCUCAGUUGUGCCUUCUUGUACGAUAUAUUUUGGGUUUUUCUUUCCAAAAUAAUGUUCCACGAAAGCGUGAUGAUCGUGGUGGCUCGUGGCGACAAAAGUGGGGAGGAUGGUAUUCCAAUGCUACUAAAAAUUCCAAGAAUGUUCGAUCCAUGGGGUGGUUACAGUAUCAUUGGAUUUGGUGAUAUCUUACUACCAGGACUGCUAGUAGCAUUUUCACUCAGGUAUGAUUGGCUGUCAAAUAGGACUCUCAGAGCCGGUUACUUCUUGUGGGCGAUGCUCGCUUAUGGAUUAGGUCUUCUCAUAACUUAUCUGGCACUAAAUUUAAUGGAUGGGCACGGCCAACCCGCACUGCUUUACAUCGUCCCUUUCACACUCGGAACCUUCCUGACAUUGGGGAAGAAGAGAGGUGACCUUAGGAAUUUGUGGAGCAGAGGUGAUCCAGACAGACCCUGCCCACAUAUACAACUUCAACAAAGUCAUGAAUUAGACGAAGAUAAUUAGGAGACAACUUAUUUACUUAUUGUAUAAUAUAACUAUAGGGUUGGUUGGUAUCCUAUAUAUAAUAUUGCUUAGCUUUAGGAAAUAUGGUGAAGAACUUACUCUAAAGAAGCAACCUUGUAUUAUUGCAUAUUAGUGAUUAUGAAAGCACUUGGUCUUUAAGUUGUAUACAGUGAUUAAUCAAGUUUAGUUUUUGGUUCCCAGCUUUAAAUACAACAAGGGAAAAAGAAAAAGGAAGAGUGAACUUUCAGUGUAA